AAUUUUUGGCGUUCUUCUAAGGUUUUCUAAGUAUGCAGAUUCUAUCAUCAUCUUCACUCUCUACUAUUCUUUCUCAUAUCUCUGCCAAGAAAUUGAAACAGAGAGUCAAUUUGUUUUCUCGGGAGGAUUUUCAAAGUCAAAUUUCCUCAAGCGAAGAAAGCAAGAAAACGCUCUGACUGAUAGGGGAUCGACAUCCGGAACAUGUAAUGACCGUUCUAGCUUACGCCAAUCACUACCAACUGUUAGAGGACAUAGGUCAACACUGAUGGGUUGUUGGAAUAUCAAAGAACUACCUUGUAGUCCUUCAAUUUUAAAGAAAGUUCCAAACUGCAAAUUUUGUAAAGCCAAGAGAUUUCAAUAUGAACCUCCUAACUUCUAUUGCAGUAAAGGUUCAGUGAAAUUAGUUUCUCACCAGUUGCCUUCGAAGUUAAAAAGCCUUUACUUGGGUGUCACUGAUGAAUCCAAUCAUUUCCGUACUUAUGUAAGAACAUAUAAUAACAUGUUUGCAUUUACUUCACUAGGAGUAAAGUACAAUAAGGAGUUAGCAACCAAAACUCAAGGUAUCUAUACCUUUAAAGUUCAAGGACAAAUGUACCAUUUUAUAAACAACCUCAUUCCCUCCAAUAAUGAAGCAAGAAACCUACAGCUUUAUUUUUAUGACAAGGAGGACGAUAUAGUUAAUAAAAUGGCCUUUUCAGAAAAUUUGAACAGAUUAGUUAUUGCAAAGUUGAUAGACAUUCUAAAAGUUAAUCCAUACUUUAUGUUUCUAAAAUCUUUAACGGGUAUUCCAAACCUGCCCAAUUUCUAUAUUGCACUUAAAUGUGAUUCUGCCUUGGACCAACGAACAUACAAUUUACCCAGUGUCUCAGAAGUUGCAGCUAUAUGGGUUGACGAUGACUCUAACAAUGCUAUCUCAUCACCGCAUAUUUGAAUUUACACUGUGAUAGUAGCCAGUUGGUACGCUAUCAUUAUGGUUGUUAUGACCCAUUACAAUACCCUUUAUUGUUUCCUUACGGAGAAAAUGGGUGGCACUGCGGCAUCCAAAAAAUUGUAGAAAAAUGUAGCUCUUCGAGGAAUCAUUCUUCCCACAAUCAAGAGCAACUUCCUUCUGUCUCUAACUGGUGCUCAAUUGAUGGACUUCUUAACAUCGAAGAAGAAAUCUUACAGAAAGGAAGACGUGAGAAAAACAAUGUGUCAUGUCGUGAAUAUUACUGCUAUAAACUUCAGAUUAGAGACAAUGAAGAUAAUGGAACUUUACAUUCUGGAAGGUUAUUCCAGCAAUAUUCUGUAGAUGAAUUUAUAAAAGUGGAAACACAAAGAUUGGACUUUUUGUUAUUCAAUCAAGAUUUGUUUAGGCUUGAAGUAUUGGCAGGUCUUAGGGAUCUUCUAAGGCAAGGAGAAAGAGACACUUCAAAAAUUGGCAUAAAAACAUUCCUUCCUGCUAGCUUUACUGGAGUUCCAAGAGACAUGCGGCGUCGAUAUAUGGACGCUAUUGCAUUAGUGCAACACUUUAGUAAACCUGAUAUCUUCCUAACAAUGACAUGCAAUUCUUCAUGGCCAGAAAUAGAAGAUCUCUUACUACCUACUGAUGAAGUCCAAAACAGACCAGAUUUAGUAAGCCGUACAUUUAAAGCAAAGGUAGAAGAACUAAAGUCAGACAUCGUUAAAAAAGGUAUAUUUGGAAAAGUGGCAGCUUUUAAGUACACUAUAGAAUUCCAAAAACGAGGUCUCCCACAUGCUCAUUUCCUUAUCAUACUUUCUGAUGAAUACAAAUUAUUAACACCUGAAGCUUAUGAUAAAGUUAUUUGUGCUAAAAUACCAAACCCUGACACAAAUCAUUAUUUACAUUCAUUGGUUAUUAAGCAUAUGAUGCAUGGACCUUGCGGAAGUUUAAAUCCUAAAAGCCCAUGCAUGAUAAAGACAGGACACUGUAAAUUUAAAUAUCCCAAAAGUUAUGCCCCUGAAACAUGUAAAGGUAAGAAUUCUUACCCAAUUUACAGAAGGCAAGAUACCGGAAAUUUUUUCAAGGUUAGAACUCAAUAUCUCGACAAUUCAUGGGUUGUUCCUUACAAUCCAUAUCUAUUAAGCAAGUUCAAUUGUCACAUAAAUGUUGAAAUUUGCUCGGAUGUUAAAGUUGUCAAAUAUAUCUAUAAAUACAUUUGUAAGGGGCAUGAUAAAAUUGCUUUCCAUGUACAUAGUAAUGAUUCUGAUGUAGAAAUAGACGAAAUAAGAGACUAUCGAUCAGCUAGAUGGGUUUCACCACUAGAAGCUAUGUGGCGUUUGUUCGCCUUUCCUAUUAGUGAAAUGAAUCCAGCAGUCUACCAUCUUCAGCUUCAUCUUAAGGAACAACAAUAUGUUUCCUUUAAGACAACUGCAGCUCUAAACUCAGUCUUAAAUAAUCCUACAACUGCAAAAACAAUGUUAACGGAAUUCUUUUCAAUGAAUGCAACAAAUGCGGUUGCAAAUGAACUUAACUUACUAUACAAAGAAUUACCCCAAUACUUUGUCUGGUCAACAAGCGAUAGAAUGUGGACACGAAGAAUACAAGGCAAUAUUAUUGGUCGUAUUGUCACUUGUCAUCCAAAAGAAGGAGAAAGAUACUAUCUUCGACUAUUGUUGAUGAACAUAAGAGGACCAAAAUCCUACGAAGAUCUUAGAACUGUUAAUGGAAGAUGUUGUAGCACAUUCCGAGAAGCUGCUGGAAAAAGAGGCUUGAUAACUUGUGACAACAACUUAAUUGAAUGUAUGUCAGAAGCUACUAAUUACCAAAUGCUAUACAGUUUGACACGUUUAUUUGCAACACUAUUAGUUUAUUGUAACCCUGCUAAUCCGAAAGGAUUAUGAGAAAGAUUUGAAUCUUCUAUGUCUGAAGAUUUUACAACUACACCAAACAUACAAACAAACAACAUUCGUUAUUUAGUCCUAAAUCAGAUUAACGAUUUUUUACAUUCAAUGGGACGUGAUAUUAAUGAAUUUAAACUUAUAUCAGAAAAAAUCUCACCUUCCACCUCUUUUACUGGAAUUCAAGAGGCUAGAGACAUCCACUUGGAAAGAAACAUAGUUGUGACUGAGGAGGAUUUAUUGCUAUACAAAAUAUUGAAUAAAGAGCAACAAACAGCAUAUCAUACAAUCCUUAAUAGGAUAUUUUCGAAUGGAACAGGCGCUUUUUUUAUUGAUGGUCCUGGAGGAACUGGAAAAACCUUUUUAUAUCGUGCUUUACUAGCUACUGUACGAUCUAAAGGAUUUAUAGCAUUAGCAACAGCAACUUCUGGUGUUGCAGCUUCCAUCCUCCUAGGAGGACGAACUGCUCACUCACGUUUUAAACUUCCUAUUGACACAAAUAAAAGUCAUAGUUGUAAUAUUAGUAAACAAAGUUCACUUGCAUCUUUAAUUCGAGAUGCAAAGCUAAUAGUAUGGGACGAAGUAUCUAUGGCAAAAAAAAAAGCUUGUUGAGACUUUUGACUUACUUUUGAGAGAUAUUAUGGACUCGAAUACACUCUUUGGUGGAAAGGUAGUUGUUUUCGGUGGUGACUUUAGACAAACUUUGCCAGUUGUACAGAGCGGGGAAAGAGAGGACUUUAUUCAUGAAUGUCUAUUAAACUCAAACAUCUGGGAUCUUCUAGAAAAAUACCGACUGUCAAAAAAUAUGCGUGCCAGAAUUGAUCCUACAUUCUGUGAGUAUUUACUGAGAAUUGGAGAUGGCAGGGAAAAGGUUAAUGAACAUAAUAAAAUUGAAAUUCCAGAAUCUUUUCUCAUUCCAUUUACAAACGUAAAAGAAUCAUUGAACAUCUUGUUCAAAACUAUUCAUCCCAAUGUAAACACACUCAUCCACGAUACAUCCUCUGUGACAUCUCGCGUUAUCCUAACAACCAAAAAUGAUUGUGUAGAUGAAAUUAAUCAAAUGUUCAUAGAUCAAUUUCCAAACACUAUUGUGACAUUUGUUAGAAUUGACGAAACUCUAGAGCCAAAAGAUCAAAGCCAAUAUGAAGAUUUUUUGCAUACUUUAAAUCCUUCUGGUUUACCUCCAUAUAAGUUAGUUCUAAAACAAAAUUGCCCUGUUAUCCUACUGCGCAAUUUGAACCCUUCUGAAGGUUUAUGCAACGGCACCCGCCUAAUUUGUACUAAUUUCAAAAAUCACGUUAUUAGUGCCAAAUUUGCAAGCGGUGACUUUAAAGGCAAACAUGUUUUUAUUCCUCGCAUACCAUUAUUAUCAUCACAAGAUGAAAAAUUACCUAUUCCAUUUAAAAGAACACAAUUUCCGAUUAGACUGUGUUUUGCUAUGACUAUAAAUAAAGCUCAAGGUCAAACAUUAGACUUUGUUGGAAUUUAUUUACGUGAACCUGUAUUUUCACACGGUCAACUUUACGUUGCUUUGUCACGAGCAAAAAGUUCUGAUUGUGUAAAGCUGUUAAUUCGCCAACCUCGAUGACCAUUCUACUUACAAUAUAUUAUAUAGUGAAAUUAUCAAAAAAGCUUUCUCUUAAACUGUUUGAUUGAUUAUAUAUGUAAUAACAACUUAAGAAUCUGUAAGUUAUCAGUCUGAUUUUAUGUUUUCUAUUUAGUAUUCCUCCAUUUAUCCCGCUAACUUACUGAAACACUGUUCC